UGCUGCACUCAUUAGUCACCAAGCAUGGGCAGUGUAUAGCAUGCCAGCUUCUAAACACAGGGCAACAGCAACACAGCGAGGAGCUUCUCCACCACAAAGCAGCAUGUCAAUACUUUAGGACUUCUCACUUCUUUUUUCUACAAAUUACCUUGUGGUCUUGUACAGAUCCAGGUCAGAGGUUUUACCAUGGAGUUGGGGAAAGUUCAUCUGAAUCUAAAGACAGUGCUGCUGACGAUGAUGAUGUUCAAAUGGGGAAUCCUUUGCACAGCCACAUCAGACAAAUGUUUGUCUGCACCCUGCCAGAAUGGAGCUUCCUGUGUGGACACCAUGGAUGAUUAUGCCUGUAUCUGUACCAGAGUGGGGGUCCGAUACAUGGGCAAAAACUGUGAUGAACUCUAUGACGCCUGCUCCUUUGCUCCAUGUGAAAACUGCACCAGCACCCCUGGCACCACAGAAUACCACUGCAUCUGCCCGGACGGACUAACAGGUGAUAACUGCACAGAGGAGGUAGACGAGUGUCAGAGCAACCCGUGCACCGAACCCCGUUCUCUGUGUGUAGACCAGCUGAAUGGUUACUUCUGCAGAUGUCCUGCUGGAUAUGGAGGACGGGACUGCAGGACACAUGUGACUGACUGCAUCGAUGAACCCUGCAGGAACAAUGGGACUUGUGUAUUACGACCAGAGGGCUUUGAAUGCCGUUGUGCACCAGGGUUUGAGGGGAAGAACUGUGAGGAAGAUGUGAAUGAGUGUUCAUCAGAGCCCUGUCAGAAUAGAGCUAUCUGUAUAGACGGAGCGGCAGAGUUCCACUGCUUCUGUGUGCCUGGUUUUCAGGGCUAUAACUGUGAAAUUGACAUCAACGAGUGUGCUUCACGACCCUGUGAGAACAACGCCACCUGCAUUAAUGAGAAGGACCACUACGAGUGUGAGUGCCUGGUUGGCUUUGCAGGAGUCAACUGUGAAACUGAAAUAGAUGAGUGUGAGUCCAGCCCCUGCCACAACGCAGCCACCUGCCACGACCUGAUCGGCAUGUACUCCUGUGAGUGUCUGCCCGGCUUCGAUGGCAUCAACUGUGAAGUUGACGUUGAUGAGUGUGCCAGUGAGCCCUGCCAGAAUGGAGCUGUCUGUCAUGACAUGGUGAACAGCUAUGAAUGUGACUGCAGUGAUACGGGAUUUGAGGGUGACCACUGUGAAGUGGAUAUCCCUGAAUGUGCCUCUAAUCCCUGUCAGCAUGGGACCACAUGUCUAGAGGGAGUCAAAGGAUACACCUGCCUCUGCUGGCCAGGUUAUGAAGGACCAAACUGUGAGAUUGAUAUAGAUGAGUGUGCUGAGCAGCCCUGUGAGAACGGUGGGGAGUGUUUUGAGCGUUCAGAUCCAUCUCACUGGGAGCUGGACUGGGAGCUCAGCUUUGCAGACGCAGCUGGAUAUAUCUGCCAGUGUCAGCCAGGGUUUGCAGGAGAGAACUGCUCUGUCAACAUUGAUGAGUGUGAGUCUGAACCCUGCCAGAAUGGAGGCACUUGUAAGGAUAAGAUCAAUGGCUACACCUGUACAUGCUCUGUUGGUUUUCUAGGUGAACUGUGUGAAGUGAACAUUGAUGAAUGUGAGAGCCAGCCCUGUCAGAAUGGUGGUUGGUGUGAAGACGGCAAGGCGUCCUAUACCUGCCACUGUCCUGAGGCGGAGCCAGGUGAACUUCCUUGGGGAGGUGAUCACUGCAAUGUGAAACUCUAUGGCUGUGUGGACCAUGAAUGCCAGAACGGAGCAACCUGCCAUCCAUGGCUGGAUAGUGGAAAACACGGUCACACAUGCGUGUGCCCUCAUGGCUUCUAUGAUGAGCAGUGCUCCACGAGAACAACGUUCUCCUUCUCCACUCCUGGAUUCAUUCACAUCCAGGUUGUUCUAGAAGAAAGGACCCGGAGGGAGGUUGAGCACCAUGUUCACAGUGGUUUCGGGUUACAGCUACGCUUCCGGACAACUAUACCCAAUAUGUUGCUCUUCUACAGAGGAGAUGUGGACUAUCACCUCCUCCUGGAGAUUGUGAACGGUGGUCUUCAUGCAAAAGCCUUUUCUGAGGAGUCUGAACUGGAUGUCACAUUUCCUGGUUUGGUUAGUGAUGGAGACUGGCGGGAUGCUCAUGUGUUUGUAGAUAAUGACGGUUUGGUCUUGAUUCUGAAAGGCCCUGGCUGUGACAGGGACGGAUGCAGAGUUAUAGAUGCUGGUGCUGAUGAACCACCUUUCCAGCCCUCUGAAGCCUUCACUCAUAUUUAUGUAGGUGGAGCACCAAAGGAACUUUUAGAGUACUCUGUAAGUGCUGCAGGCUUCAUUGGAUGUAUGGAAGACCUGAUGAUCGACUCUAAGCCUAUCCUACCCCAAACACUUCCAGAGGACCAAGGCCAUGAGCUAGGAUGCAGUAAGACUGAAUGGUGUAAGCCUGACCCCUGCUAUGGACAUGGACGCUGUGUUGACCUGUGGACCAGCUAUCAGUGUGACUGCUAUCGCCCAUUCCAUAGUGAGAGCUGCUCUGAAGAAUUCCCCUCAUGGACAUACAGUCAUGAGGACAAAGUGAGUUUCAGUGCCUACGAUGUAGGUAAGAGCCACGGGAGCAACUUCAGUGUGUCCUUCUUCCUAAGGUCAUUAAAGCCAGACGGGCUACUGUUCCAGCUGAGGAGACCCACAGAAGAAGAGGGGGGAGAGGUCUACUUCUCAGUCUACCUGGGGAUGGGGAGGGUUUUUGUCAGCUCUCUGCCUAACAGUGCCCCACUGACUGCUCCGAUAUUUGUGACCACUGGCGAGAAGCAACUUCUACAGGUGGAAGUCCAACACAGACAGGUGAUCUUUGAGCAUGCAGGCCUUCGCUAUGGAAUAGGAGAGAUCCCUGAAGUGAAUGUUAACAGUGGGGAUCAGGCCUAUGUAGGAGGACUUCCAGGAGACUGGGAUUCUGAUGUGUGGGGGGGGCAUUACAAAGGUUGUCUGCAGGACCUUCGUUUAGACUCAGUGCAUAUAGAUGUGGAUGCCUGGAACAGCUCGGAUGAGGAGGAAGUGUAUUUACCAAGUGAUGUUGAAAAUGCAAAGAAGGGCUGCGUCAGUGAUGAUACUUGCAAGAUGAAGCCUUGUCAAAAUGGAGGAGAAUGCACCAUCACAUUCAACGAUUUUACGUGUUCUUGUUCAGAGGAAUAUACCGCAAAGACCUGUGAAACUCGUGUGUGGUGUGUUAGCGAUCCUUGUGUCAAUGGCGGCCAUUGUGUGGACCUUCCUGAUGGAUAUGAAUGUGUGUACAAUGCCACAUUUGAGAACAACCCUGUGCACUACAGUGCUGGAGGCUCCCUGGCUGAACCUGUCUCUAACAUAUACAUUGAGCUGCGGACUCGUUCAGAGAAUGCUGUGCUCCUGAGGGCCUCCUGGGGCUCUGACCUGCUGAUGGUGGGUCUGCUGGACUCUUCAGUACGGGUGGAGAUCCACAUUGGCAACAGUGUCGAGACGCUGACCUUUACAGGAGUUCGUCGAGUGGCUGACGGGAGCUGGCAUCGUGUGAACAUCUCAAUGGCCGAGAAAGAGCGCAAAGCCUCUCCAUGGGUCAUCACCGUGGAUGGAAUCACAGAUGCCAGAAGCAUGCCGGAGCGCACAGGAAGCCUUCACUUUCUCAAUGAGAAGGAGGCCACUUUAGCUAUCGCAGAGAGCUUCACUGGCUGCUUGGGUGCAGUAAGGGUCGGAGGAGUCUACCUUCCUUUUGUGGAUGACUAUAAAGCCCCGCAGCCAUCUCAGUUCCAUUUAGAUGGAAAAUCAAAGAUUCAAUUGGGUUGUACCAGUUCCCCUGUUUGUCAUUCAGAUCCUUGUCUAAAUGGAGCCACAUGUGAAGACGUCUUUAAUAAAUUCAGCUGUGUCUGUGACUUGGGUUGGGAGGGAGAACAGUGUGAGACAGACACUGAUGACUGUGCGUCUCAGCCCUGUGUUUAUGGAAGCUGUAAGGACUACUUAGCUGGUUUUGAGUGCCGUUGCCACCCUGGCUAUGCUGGGACACUUUGUGAUGAGGAUCUUGACGAGUGUGAGCAUCAUGCCUGUGAACAUGGAGGCACCUGUCAGGAUGGACCCAACAUGUACACCUGUAUAUGCCCCAAGAACUACAGCGGCCCUCUCUGCCAGUGGGACUAUCCUCCAAUACAGUGUGGUGAAGAUGUCCAGUGUGCAAAUGAUGCUAUCUGCAAUGAUGGGCUGUGGGGAGCUAACUGUACAUGCAUGCCAGGUUUUACAGGCAGCAGGUGUGAAAUGGAGAUUGAUGAGUGUGAGUCUAACCCCUGUCAAAAUGGUGGUUCCUGUUUGGAUCGACUCAACAUGUUUGUGUGUGAAUGCCCGCCUGGCUACAGCGGUCUAAUCUGUGACACUAACAAACAAGCCCAUAAACAGGGAAUCCCCUGGUUGGUGGUAGCCAUCCCGCUGCUCUGCUUCUGUGUGCUGAUACUGAUCACUGGCUUGACCUUCAUGGUGCUCACGGCGAGGAAAAAGCGCCAGUCGGAGGGCACAUACAGCCCCAGUGCUCAGGAAAUGGCUGGAGCUCGGCUGGAGAUGGACAGCAUGCUCAAAAUCCCACCAGAGGAAAGACUCAUCUGACACCUGAAGGGUGUUAAGAGGGGAUCUGAGCACUGCGGGCAGGCGGACUCAAGGUGAAACUUUUACAUCCUCUGAAUACAUGGGUUGGACUAAAGGAUAUACUGUAUGUUGUAGCAUACAGCCCCCUCCUGGUGGUGACCAGGUACUGACCCAGUGCUGCUGCUCUGUAUGUUACAUAAUUUAACAGAAAUGUGGUAACCAUGUAGUUGCAUUGUUUUUUGAUAAAGGACAUCUGAGGAAACAGCCCCAAGUCCUUUGCACCUCAGAAACUCAUUGAUAGGUUGAGGUAACAAGGGAGUACAAUAGAUACUGUAGUUUGUCUACAGCAGGGCCUUAACCUGUUUUUAUAGUCCUGACCAGUGUAUAGAGAACAAUGUAAGGGCUUUAUUUCAAGAAUCACUGCACAGUCAAGUGCUACAAGCACACAAACUAUGGAAAAUGGCUUGUGUUGCUUCCAGAGUCAGAGGAUUAUGGUACGCCUGUGGUGCUGCUGGAAACUGAGUUGCAUUCGUAGGGAAGUAUUAUCAUUAGAUGUCAGGGGCCCAAGCAGCAUCCAGCACAGUCAAGCAAAUACACAGGGCUGCAGUUUCUUUAUUGGCCACUAGAUGCUGGCUCUAAGAAAGGCUGUAUUGGAGUUAUUGGAAAAAUGUUCCAUCUUUUGUAAUAGAAAGCCAGCACAAUAUAUUUUUCCAGUUUUACUCUGGGUUUUGGUGGUGAUUUUGACAGAUACUGGUCCACUUAAUAGACAUGACAGCUUAAAUAGAGGUAUAAUUACAAGUGCGUGUGUGUUUAAUUAAGUGUUUCCAACCACCUGUUUUCAUGUGCCGUUUAAUUUGCACAAAACAAAUUUGAGUUGAAAUGCUGGAAACAGACCUAGUGAAUAAAAGAUGAUGUGACGCAUGUGACUUCACACAAGCUUCCACUGAAAAGACAGAAACAUUUGUGUUGAGUGAUGAGGAGACUGUAACCUUUCUCACAUUAAUACAUGAAACAAACCGAAAUGUCACAUUUCCAUCAUGUUUUCUCCAACAUCUGAGCCUUGACUGGAGCUCUUUUAAUUCAUCAUCACCAUCAUCUCUGUUUGUCUUCUUCUGCAAUGGCCACCACUGGAGAAUUAGCGCCACCAGCUGUUUAUCGCAAUCAACCAACUCUGAAUAUUCACACAACAGUAAUGGUGCAGCCUGUUACACUCUGUGGUGGUUGGUUGCAGCUUGCUCCUCCAACCUCAGCUCCACGUGGACUGGUUUCACAUCAAACAUACAAGCUUACAUAGUUUUCACAACGUAGAGCGUUGGAUUAAGAGCAUUACCAUCCUACAAAACAGCUAACUAGGAUAUUUCAGACUGCAUUGGAAUGUAGGAUUGGAGAGUACAGUUUCAUAACCCUGAAAACUCAGACACACAAAAUGACAUUGGCGCUGUCACACUGUAACUCCCGCCUUCUAUCAAUGAUGGAAUGCCAUUGGACACACAUCUUGCUCAAUGUUCACUUUAGUUGAAUUUUGUCUGCAAAACCUGGUCAAAAAACAGCAGAGCUACACUCUCUGGACUACUUUACAGCAGGGUGAGGAAGUUUGAUUUUCUGGUUCCACUAACUAACAAAAAUGACAGCAGUGGUAAAUCUAAGCUAUGAGGUUAAAAAAAGUCAUCGGAAUUGAGUGGGUGACAUCAUAGAGAUUGGCAUUAACUCAACUCUUUUCUCCCCACUGAGGGCAGUGCACAGUGUAUUGUUCUAGCUGGAGUCAUGACCAGAUUAACCUGUUAGGGGACCCUGUGGGCAAAAGUUUGACCUUCCACCUACUGCUGUCUGUGCAUUUAGCAUGUACACACAGACUACAUAUGGCAGCUUUAUUAUAUGCCCAGAGAGAGCAACUAGUACUCCUGUGCUAAAUAAGAAAAUGACCUGGCCCCAAGUUUUGUGUCCUUUAAUGUCUGGCAAUUUGAUUAAAGUAACUAAUUUAUAUAAGAAUAUGCACUAUGUGAGCACAAUACAAACUAAAGCGGUGAACUAGAGUCUGACACUAGCCCCUCUACAAGACAGGGCCACAAGAUUAGCUGGUAAUGCACGACCCACCUCAGCUGACAAUUCCAAAAAAUAUUUAAAAAAUGAUUUUCUUUAUUUUUGACUUACAAAAUCCAGGAUGUUUUAUUCAUAAUGUAUUGUAAACAUGCAAUAAAGUGAAAUGGGUUCUGAAGUGUCCCUCUGAUUAGCCAUCCAUUAUCUAAACCACUUCUGCUGUUCAGAGUCACAGGGGGCUGGACCUGUCCAGGUUGCUAGUCCAUUACAUGAAUGACA